AUGGCUGUCGAUGAGUUCUUCUCGACCGAGACCGACUCGCUGACGCUGCCCACCAAGUCCUUCUACCCGGUCAGGAUACCCAUCGCGCACUUCCAGCUUCGACACUACAUCAGCUCGCCGGAGCCGGACCACCUCUAUUAUUCCAGCGGCGAGGAUGUCUACUGUCUGAAUACGGCCACGAGCAAGCGCACGCACAUCGCUACCUUACCGUUCGAGGCGCGAUGUACAGCCUCGGGAUACGGCUGGGUAUGCGUCGGAGGAGAGUCCCACGGACACUUUGCCGCUAUUAAGCUUGAUGGCGCAGCCUCCCUACAAGCGGACGUGGAUUCCCUACUACCGCUGGAAUUUGGCGGCCCGGUCAGGCGGCCGCUUCUGUCGCCCCGCGUCAAGCUUGAGAGGAUCGGAGAUGAAAUUGUGAACUCGAUAUCAAUCCACCGGCUGGAAGAGGAAGAUGAGGGCGAGAACAUUGUUGCAGUCCUUACGAACAACGACAAGACGGUUCGCAUCUACUCCUUGACCCACGGUCUGGAGACCACUGUCCUGGAUCUUUCGUUUUGCAUCAACCAUGCGACCAUAUCGCCCGACGGCCAGCUAUUGAUCGCGGUCGGAGAUUACCACCAGGUUUACUUCUUCCAGAAAGUCGACCGACGACAAACGCGGAGCAGCGCCAAAGGGCAGGCUCCUGGUUCGCCAUCGACAGCGCCAGAGUGGACAAACAUCUCCGUGGUCCAGCUUUAUGUUCCGUCCUCGAAUACCCCCACUACCGGGUACUUCACCACGGCUUGGUCGCCUAGCGGGGCCUUGGUUGCCGUGGGGUCUGAAUGCGGAUACAUCACAGUCUUCGAUGCGGAGCUUCUUGUGUCGUGCGAAUGGGGUGAAGAUGCGAUAGUGCAGAUUGUUCGAUCCUCAAGACCAGAUACCCAGAAUGGCCCGGGCGCCAUCCGCACAAUGCUCUUCUCUCCACAGCCUUGGGACCUCUUGAUAUGGAGCGAAGACCAAGGAAGGAUAUGCAUUGCCGACAUCCGGACCGGAUUGCGGACCAAACAGGUUAUCCAGCUUGAUCCUAGAGAGGAAGGUCUGCGCCGGAUCGAAGUAUUAGACCUGCCCGACGACAUGCCCGCUCACCAACUGGAGCAGCGUGUGCUGGACCAGGAAGCGAACUUCAUCCGCCGGUAUAGACGAGCCCUCGACAACGAAGGCAUCUCCGCUGCCGUCAACCAUGCGACGGAGUACCUCGAAACAUCCAUUGAACGACGUCGUCUGCGCGCCCAAGCUGGGGUUGUAGAGUCAGACAACGAUCCGCACGGACUGACAGAACAGGAACGCUCAAUCCUCGAAGCGUUGAGAGUAACACGCCAGCGUGAGGAAGCUCGCAGCAACGGUGUCAUACCCCGGAGCAUUAACUACACCUCUGCCAACAACCACGGGCCGCCUGAGACUCGGCGAUCAGCACGUACAUCCUUCACCGAUCUGGCUGCACUCGCACGCGUACCUAGCCAAAGUACAACAGGUGCGGGACUUGCUCUGCCGUCUCUUGGCUCAAUCCGCGAGUUCCUUCGCGACCGUCACCUCGAUACCCCUCCGCCUGAUGACCGCUCAUACCAACCACGGCGUCAAGCUUCCGUAACACUGGGCGAUGGAAGUGCCACCCAGGGGCCCUCGCGAACCAUAUCCACCGCCGCACACCUUGGAGAUGCCCAGGCUCCAACAGACGCAUGGCGCGCGAUCUCGGACGCCAUGACCCGCUCUCCCGCCACGAUCUCCCCUACCCCAACCACAACAACCACCUCCUCGACGACCGCCGGGCCAACCCUUCCACCGUACCUGAAUCCCCAAAGCGACGCGGCACGCACAAGUCCUCCCCGCACUUACAGCGACGCCCGCGUCCUCCGCCAACUCGUCCGCCAGCAAGAACUCCUCCGCGCCCACAUCAACGCCACCGACCCCGGCGCCCGCCUUGACCCACCUGUUGCAUCUUCCUCCUCAGCGCUCCCGUCGUCGCUGUCUAACCUCACGGUCACAGCGACUAUGGACCCACGCACCGCGCUGGGAAUGGGCGCCUCGCCCUACGGCAACGUUUGGGCACAGCGGAGGAUGCGAUUAGGACAUCAGCAUCUCGAUCCAAGGGAUGGGGUUAGGACGGCCGGGUUGGCGAUGAACGAGGAUGGGAGGACGUUGUGGGUCGGGACUGAGGAGGGGAUCUUUGAGAUUGGGAUUAAUGUGCGGGAGAGGAUGAGAUUUGGGGCUGUGGUGCCGAGAUGA